UGCUAAAUAAACAUCUCUAUUUAUCUCUUUCAACUAAUGCGGUCUCUCAGGGCAUAUGGCAGGCCUCACAUGCAGAUUGUGUGUGUGUCUGCUGUAGAUGGGCUGCCUGAAUGUCUUCGUAUAUAUAUGUGUGUUUAAGAGGAAAAAAUACUUUUGAUUUAGUUCAGAAAUUAAGAACCUGAAUUUGGAUUAUUAAAUAUAUUUAAGUGUGCUGAGGGCACAAAAAAAUUUAAUAUUUUCAUCCAAUGGAAUCUGUUUUCUUGAGGCACCCAGUAUGAUGCCUUUCUGGACCUUUCUGGUUUGCUUCUGGACUAUUACUGAACGCCGAGCAGAGAACUGGGGAGACUGACAGCAGUGAAUAUAGGAUGGGUUGUGCUUGUAGUGACCAGAAACAUCGCAAAGAAUCUAAAGGGCAUGAACAUUCUAAUUCAUCAAACUCUAACAAAUUUCAUUUGUCAAGAGAUCACAGGAAGCAGAGCAACAAUCUAGAUGAAGACAUUGUCAUUGCUCAAUAUGACUUCCAGCCUGCUAGUGAUAGUGAUCUACAGUUCAAAAAAGGCGACAGACUCAAAAUUAUUAAAGAGACUGGUGAAUGGUGGUUGGCGAAGUCCUUGGUCACUGGUUAUGAGGGAUUUAUUCCGUCUACAUAUGUGGCAAGAGCACACACAAUGGAGGUGGAGAGAUGGUUUUUCAAGGACAUGAGUCGCAGAGACACAGAGCGUCUUCUGCUGGCACCAGGAAACAAACCUGGCGCAUUUCUUGUGAGAGAAAGUGAAACAACCAAAGGUGCUUUCUCUCUGUCUAUAAGAGACUUCAGCCCAGAGCAUGGUGAUGUAGUCAAACAUUAUAAGAUCCGAAGCCUUGAUAACGGUGGUUACUACAUCUCUCCCUCCACAACCUUUUCUUCUCUUCAAGAACUAGUAAAGUAUUACUCUAGGACAGCGGAUGGUUUAUGCCAAAGGCUAGGAAAUCCGUGUAAAACUGCUGCCCCUCAGAGACCCUGGGCUCAAGAUGAGUGGGAGAUUCCCAGAGAGACUCUGAAAAUGGUGAAAAAACUGGGUGCCGGCCAGUUUGGAGAAGUGUGGAUGGGGUACUACAAAAACUCCCAGAAAGUUGCGAUCAAGACUUUGAAGGAAGGCACCAUGGAGCCAGAGGCAUUCCUACAGGAGGCUAAUCUGAUGAAGCAGCUCCAGCACGAGAGACUGGUCAAAUUGUACGCUGUUGUCACCAAAGAACCCAUAUAUAUUGUCACAGAAUACAUGGCUAAUGGAAGCUUGUUAGACUUUCUGAAGACGGAUGAUGGCCAUAAAUUAAAACUUCCCAAGCUAAUCGAUAUGGCUGCUCAAAUUGCAGAGGGAAUGGCAUUCAUAGAAAGGAAAAACUACAUUCACAGAGACCUGCGUGCCGCUAAUAUUCUAGUCUCUGAGACCCUGCACUGUAAAAUAGCAGACUUUGGCCUUGCCAGAAUCAUAGAAUCUGAAUACACUGCACAAGAAGGCGCAAAGUUCCCUAUAAAAUGGACGGCCCCUGAGGCCAUCAACUUUGGUACUUUCACCAUCAAGUCAGACGUGUGGUCCUUUGGAAUUCUUUUGACAGAGAUUGUCACGUACGGCAGAGUACCAUAUCCAGGCAUGACGAAUCCAGAGGUGAUCCGAAACCUUGACAGGGAUUACAGGAUGCCGUGUCCAGAUGGAUGUCCAGAGGAGCUUUAUGACAUUAUGCUGAAGUGCUGGAAGGAUAGGCCAGAGAACAGGCCCACCUUUGACCACAUACAGGACAUACUCAAUGACUUUUUCAUUGCUACUGAGGGCCAGUACGAGAUGCACCCAUAACCUCAAUGCAGAACUAAUAGAUGAACUGAAAAGGGGAUGCACAAAAACAUAUGGAAUGAUAGGAUGGACUAAACUCCGGACCAAAAUAUGGAUUAUGGGGAAUAUACUAAAGCAACAAUAAUGCAUCCUUGUAUAUCUGUAUAUUUUUUUUUUUUACAUUUACAAUUACUGUAUGCCAGUUUUGUCAAAGUUUUUUUCUUAGAUUUUUUUUUUUAUAUCUUGUGGGAUUUUGGGGGGAUUUCAUAAUUAUUUAAAGGUGAGUGUGCACCUUUCUUCUAUCACAGCUGUAAGUAUGAAGACAACUGUAAGUAUGACGUUUGUUUAAUUCCCCUGAAAGACUGUGGCUUUGUGCUGCUGUCAGAACAUUGUUCUGUUUGUUUGAGCAUUUGACCAGCCCAGCACAACAUCGUUGGCCUAACCAAUGGUAUGAGAUUGGGCCAGAGCUAUCAGUUUAUCCAACCAAUUGGAAGACUGGGGGAGUGUUUUAUCAGUCAUUAUUUAUGCAGUUAAAUUUUAUUAUUUUAUUCACAGAAAUUACACACUUCAACUAUCUGAUAAAGCUUUUGGAAAAUUCAGAGUUAUGACAGAUUGGUUUUUAACAGCGAGUAAACAAGAUCCUCUUAUAUCUUAGUCGGAAAUUUCAAUAAAACCAUUCACAGAUAUUAAACAUUAUUUCUGCACAUUA